AUGUCGCAUAAUACAAAUACAUCGAUUGAAUCAACGCCUAUUGCAGAAAGUGGCCCGUGGGCAGUUGUUGGUGAACAUCCAAAUGCAGUGACCAAUCGUUUUUAUACGUAUGAAUGUGUUCAGGAUAUUGUUGCUUUCAUUCAACGGUUAGUGCCAACAAAGCCAGAAGUAGCCAUUAUAUGUGGUUCAGGUCUUGGUGGUUUAGCUGAUUUAAUUGUUGAUAAGAUUGUUAUACCGUAUUCCGAAAUUCCACAUUUUCCGAAAUCAACAGUUGUUGGCCAUCGAAGUAAUCUCGUCUUUGGUACACUCAAUGGUCUCUAUGCUGUCUGUAUGCAAGGACGUUUUCAUUCCUAUGAAGGAUAUACUACAGCAAUGUGUGCUUUUCCAGUACGAGUCAUGCAUAUGCUCGGCGCACGUUCACUUGUGGUUACAUGCGCUGCUGGUGGUCUUAACAAAGACUAUUCUGUUGGUGAUAUUAUGCUAAUUAAAGAUCAUUUGAAUUUGCCUAGUUUUGCCGGGCCACGCUUUCCACCUGUCGGUCAUGCAUAUGAUCGACAGUACAUAAUGAAAAUGAAGGAAAUUGCUGGUAAAUAUAAUCUUCAAUUACGCGAAGGGGUUUAUUGCGGAUUAGGCGGUCCAUGCUAUGAAACUAUUGCUGAAAUAAACAUGCUCAGAUUACUGGGUGGUGAUGCUGUCGGUAUGUCAACUGUUCAUGAAGUAACAUUAGCUGCUCAUUGUGGUUUUCGUACACUUGGCAUUGCAUUAAUAACUAAUAAAUGUCUAUCGGAUUAUAACACAACGUAUGAAGCUGUACAUGAAGAUGUCAUUCGUAUAAGUGAAUUGAAAGCUGAUGAACUACAACAAUUGAUCUUCGAUUUUGUUGAUGUUCUCAAGAAUAAUGAUCCGGAAAAUCAACAUUGA